AUGCUUCUUUCUUUGAUUCCUUAUAUUAUUGUGCAACUAGUUGAUAUUUUCAACACAUCCCACAUAGUGCUUUUGAUAGCGUUAAUAGUGUCUGUCGCAUAUUUACUUUUGAAUUUUAUCUAUCAGAUUGUGGAUCCUUGGAUGCAGAUAUUAAGUUCAGAUUACUUGCAGUAUGAGAUUCUAAGAAACGCAUUUUUGCAACAUGUUGAAAGGCGGGGAAAACUUGUUGAUGAUGAUAGGAAUCCUAUCUCUGCUCUCAUCAAAAUUGUAUUUGAUGAGACAGACAGAGAUGGAGACAAAUAUAUAAUAAGGCUUGAAUUGGAAAAGUUGUUCAAUAAAAUCUUGCUAGAGAUGUCGGACGAUGCCAUAAAAAAAAAAGUUGUCGCUGAAACAGUGGAAGUAUUUGAUUCCGACAAUGACAAUAAAAUCAAUGAAUCUGAAUUCGCUGAAGCAUGCGUAAAGUUAGCUGAAAGCACUGAUUUCAUUUCAAGAGAACUUUCAGACAAAGCAAGCUUCCUAAUUCAUGAAAUUUUAAAACUAUUGAUACUAAUCAUCUUCAGACAGUACGACACCGACAAUAACAACAAGAUAUCAAGAAAUGAAUUAGGGCAAAUAAUCAGUAAAGUCCAAUUCGGAAACUUGAAGCCGGAGGAUGUGGACCAUGUGGUUAAUAUAUUCUUUUACCAUUUCGAUACAGAUCGUAAUAAUACGAUUGAUAAAGAAGAAUUUGUCCAUGUACUAGAAAGAUGGCUUGAUGAAGCCAGUCUUGUUGCUAAAUGCUCUGAUAAGACUAAAAGUGUGGAUGAAUUUGACAAGAUUGUACGGGAAAAAGUCGUUCCUGGAUACUCUUUCCUGGAUAUUGUAAAAUGUAUUCUUAAAAUAGUGUUGGGUAUUGUUAUAUUGACCUUUGUUGGAGGACCUCUCACGACUAGCAUCCUACAGUUAUCAUAUGCCAUGAGGGUGCCUUCUUUCUCUAUCUCAUUUGUGAUAGUGCCAUUGGCAAUGAAUACAAGAACCUUAAUAGAAGCUAUCUUUCCAGUCAGUAAAAAGACCGAAAGAACGGCAUCUUUAACAUUCUCUGAGAUUUAUAGUGGAGUUGUAAUGAACAACCUCUCGGCGACACCUUUGGGUACUGCUGCUGCGGGUGAGUUGCGGCUCCCCAUGUGCAUCGUUGCGCGCACACUAAUCAUCCCAGCGCCUUCAGGGGACUGUCGUGGUUGGUGGCGGCAAAGGGCUCGGUCCAAUGUCUGA